UGGAUGCCAGUUUCUUUUACAGCACGGAGAGGGCGAGGAGAUGAGGAAGUAAAGUGAAAAGGCCACAAGAUUUGCAAAUAGCACCUGGCAUGGCCAACCUCGGGGAAGGGAUGUGUUAAUUUCUUCUUUCCUGCAGCCCUCCACAGGUGGAACAGGGUCCAGGUGCUUCCCUGAACGAAGGCACUUUGGUUUAACCUUCAGGCAGAGGGGCAGGGUUCCCCGAGGCAGGCCAUUAUGUAUAGACAGUCUCCUUUUAAUGGACAAAAGCAGCAGAAAGCAAAGGUUAAAGUAAAAGAAACAGAUCCAACAUGGAGUCCUACUUGACCCUUCCCUGUUACAAUUUCAGUAACUAACCACCACCUCUCUCACCCUGGCGGGACCCAUCCGCGUCUUUCAUGCGUGGAGCGUCCCCGGCUGCCCCUCCAGCAUCUCACACCUGACGGGGACUGGCCGGCCUGAUUUCCCGCGGACAGAGGUGUGGGAGGGACAGGCUGUGGACAGGGAUCCGGGAGACACCUUUGGGCUGUAUUUGCUGCUUGUGACCCUCACCAGGGCCUCAUAUGGAAAGGAGAAGUGGUUACUCUCCAAGGUCCGCGCGGCUCCGGCAGCACGUGGCUGCUGAGUUCCUCUUGUGUGGUCGGUUACCUUCCGACCUCGGCUCUGGGCUUCCUGUUGGGGCUUCCUCUCGAUGCUGUGACACACAGGCCCCAUCACUCUUACCCCAAAGAUGCUGUUAUUGCCACCACCGCCGCUGCUGCUGUCCCUGCUGUGGGCAGGUGGGUGGGCUGCGGGGAGAGGGGUGGGCGGGGCAGGGGCUGCGGCUGAGCCUUGUGCCCCCGCAGGGUUCCUGGCUCAGGGUUGGGGCUACUUCCGGCUGGAGGUGCAGGAGUCCGUGACGGCGCAGGAGGGCCUGUGUGUCUGCGUGCCCUGCUCCUUGUCCUAUCCCCGGAGCUACUGGGACGACUCUGUUCCAGCUCACGGCUACUGGUUCAAGGAAGGGGCCAAUAUCGACCAGGAUCCUCCAGUGGCCACAAACAACCCAGGUCGUGGGGUGCUGACGGACACCCAGGGCCGAUUCCACCUCCUUGGAGACCCCCGGACCUACAGCUGCUCCCUGGACAUCAGAGACGCACAGAGGGGAGACACGGGGAGAUACUUCUUUAGGGUGGAGAGAGGGCCUGAUGUGAGAUAUAGUUACACACGGAGCAUGUUCUUCCUGCGUGUAACAGGGCCUGGGUCUGCUUCUCUCUCCUCUCCAGCUCUGACACAGACACCCGACAUCCACGUCCAGGGGACCCUAGAAUCUGGCCGCCCCAGGAAUAUCACCUGUGCAGUGCCAUGGGCCUGUGAGAGGGGGACGCCCCACACCUUCUCCUGGAUCGGGCUUGCCCUCACUUCCCUGCACCCCAAGAGCCCCCAUUCCUCAGUGCUCACCCUCACCCUGGGGCCCCAGGACCACGGCGCCAACCUCACCUGCCGGGUGACCUUCCCCGGAGCUGGCGUGAGCACGGAGAGGACCGUCAGUCUCAACGUGUCCUAUGCACCCCAGAAGCCGACCAUCAGAGUGUUCCGGAAAGAAGGCACGGGACCUGAAACUCUGGGCAAAAGCCUAUCUCUCCCAGUCCAGGAGGGCCAGUUCCUACGCCUGGACUGUGUAGCCGACAGCAACCCUCCUGCCAUGAUGAGCUGGACCCGGGGGAGCCUGACCCUGAGCCCCUCAAAUUCCUCGAACCCUGGGGUCCUGGAGCUGCCCCGGGUGGAACUGGGGGACCAUGGGAAAUAUGUCUGCCGAGCUCAGCAUCCGUUGGGCUCCAAGGAAGCAUCUCUGAGCCUCGUUGUGAAAAACCCCCCGCAGCUGCUGGGACCCUCCUGCUCCCCGGAGGAUGAGGGUCUGCACUGCAUCUGUUCCUCCCGAGCCCAGCCGGCCCCCUCCCUGCGCUGGCGGCUGGGGGAGGGGCUGCUGGAGGGGAAUUUCAGCAACGCCUCCUUCAAGGUCACCUCCAGCUCGGCUGGGCCCUGGGCCAACAGCUCCCUGAGCCUCAGCGAGGGGCUCAGCCCUGGCCUCAGACUCAGCUGCGAGGCCCUGAACAGCCACGGGGCCCAGAGCGCCACUGUCCAGCUGCUGCCAGGGAGGCCAGCGUCCAGGACCGGUGUGGUUUUGGGGGCCGCCGGGGGAUUUGGCGUCACAGCCCUGCUAGCUCUCUGCCUCUGCCUCAUCUUCUUUGUAGUGAAGAUCUACAGGAAGAAGCCAGCGGAGAAGGCAUCAGGCAGAGAUGGCGUCCGUCCAGCGUUGAGUUCCAUCUCUCUGGGUCACCUCAGUGAAUCCUGUUCAGACAGCCCCUCAGACUACCAGACCCCAGCUCCGGCCACCUCCACCUCAGGGAAGGAGCAGGAGCUCCACUACGCCACCCUCAGUUUCCACAGGCUGAGGCCCCACAACUUUCAGGACCAGGACACCACCGAGUACUCAGAGAUCAAGAUCCAGAAAUGAUGCCCCGCCGCCAACCCUAGAACCAGGCUGGAGCCCAGAAAAUGCAUCUCCGAAGAAAAUGUGUGCCAGGCACCUAUUCUUGAAGACUUGACUGCCCUCUGAGCCAGAGCUUAUAAAUGAGAAGGUGAAGCUCCUUGGGGUGGCUAAAGGUCACAGAGAGUCCUAGGUUCAAAUCCAGGCCCUGGUAACCCUAAGGGUGUUAUAUCAGGCAAGUCACUUUACCUCUCUGCGCUCCAGUUUCCUUCUCUGUAAAAUGGGGAUAAUAUCCAUUAGGUACAUUGUUAAGUGGGAAAAAUGCACUUUGGGAGUUGUUAACUACAUUGUUAUGUGUUAAGUUUACCUCAGGAUGGAGGGAGAUGUCAGCUUUUGGCUCUAUCACAUAUUUCUAUUUUGCCUGACUAUUUUUAAGAACAUGAAUUAUUUUUCGUUUGUUUGUUUUUCCAGGAGGGAGGAGAUAAAAUAUGUAUUAUUUGUUUAAAGUAAAUCUAAAUUUACCUCUCUGGAUGGAGAAGAUAUUUCCCAAUACAUGUAUCUAACAAAGGACACCCAGAAUAUAUAAUGAAUAUAUAUUUUUAAAUAAUAAAUAAUUUAAAAAUAAAUUUGAGGGCUUCCCUGGUGGCACAGUGGUUAAGAAUCCACCUGCCAAUGCAGGGGACACGGGUUCAAGCCCUGGUCCGGGAAGAUCCCACAUGCCGCAGAGCAACUAAGCCCAUGCACCACAACUACUGAGCCUGUGCUCUAGAGCCCACGAGCCACAACUACUGAGCCUGCAUGCCACAACUACUGAAGCCCGCAUGCCCAGAGCCCAUGCUCCGCAACAAGAGAAGCCACCACAAUGAGA